AUGCCGCUACUGCGUCUAUCGAUCUCAUUUGCGGCCCGAGAGGCUGUGCCGUCUUUCCGCAACUUGAACCUCGCCGCCGCUCACCCGUCGUGCCCCCUCCUCCCGCCGCCACCGCCUCUCCCACCGCUCGAACGUAUGCCGCCCGACUACGAGUCCCAGGCGUACUGGAACGCGCGCUUCGAAGACGAGCGCCACUUUGAAUGGCUGGGCGACGGCGCGGACACCCUCCUCCCCAUUCUCCGCACAGAUCUCCUCGCCUCCCUCUCCAGUGCUCGAUCGCCCGCCCCACCUUGCCUCACAUCCCCGACGGUCGAUCCGGCCGCCCGAGCCCAGCCGCCGCCGCGACUGCUGCACAUCGGCGCGGGGACGUCGUCCCUCUCCGAGCGCCUCCGCGAGCUGUACCACGAGCUGUUCGGGCCCGCCGUCGACGAACGCGCGCUCGUCCACGCCGACUACGCCGCGGGGCUCGUCGCGCGCCGGCGCGCGGCGGAGCUCGCACGCGGCGGCCGCAUGCGCUGGGCGUGCGUCGACGCGCUCGACUGGGCGCAGGCGCAGGCGCUGCUCGAGGGCGGCGUCGGCGGGCGCGCGUUCGCGGCCGUCGUCGACAAGAGCACGUCGGACGCGGUCUCGUGCGGCGAGGACCUCGCGUUCGGCGCGCCGACGUCCCGGGCGCGGCUGCACCCUGCCCUGCGGCGCGGCCCUUCCGCGGGGGGCGCGGCGGGGCUCGUCCUCGAGCCGAUGGCGCUCUUCGCGCUGCACCUCGCCGCGCUCGUCCGCCCGGGCGGGCUGUGGAUCGCGCUCACGUUCUCCGCCGCGCGCUUCGAGUUCCUCGUCGACGCCGCGCACCACUACGUCGUCCUCCUCCGACGGACCGACGCGUGUCUCCAGUGA